UCCUCGUACACUAAUAAAAAAACACAUGAUUGGAUUGGACAACAAUACAAUAAUAAAAAUACUCAUGAAAAGGCCCGUAUUAAAGGCAGAAGCACUAUCCUUACUUUUCACAUGGACUGUGCCCAAUGGCCAGUGCCCAUGUCAAUGUCACAGACAUGAACCCACUUCUAGUUUUUCCUAGAACUGUCCAAUAAAGGUUAAUAGCGGCCCAAGACUCAAACACAUUGAACUCAACUGACGGAUAUAUUCACAAAAAUUGUUGUGACAGACGAGAAUUUUCGGAAUUCUAUAUUUGAUUCGAUUUAACGCUGCAAACCAAUGCUCCUCUUCCUGUUCUAGUGUUUAAUUUUGUCUGUUACGCUCCAAAGUCUUGAGCCUUUCUAAAGCCAAAAGGAGAAGAAAAUAAAGAAAAAAGAAACGGGAUUAAUAAAAAAAUUGAAUCCAAAACUUCAAAAGGCGCUAAAACUGGCAUUCUCUUUCUGUACAACACACAGCCUCUGAAAAGUGAAACUUCAAGACUUUAGGGUUUUCCGAAUUAUAUAAAUUUAGAGCUUCCUUAAUCCCCAUUCCCAAAUCGUUUCCCAGUAGCCCCAACGCUUUUAUAGAGGGAAAAGUUUAAAGAUUCUAUCUUUUUUUUUUUAAAUAUAUAUGUAUUUUUGGAGUGUUUGAUGGAUCGUCUGCGCCCAAGACAGAGACAGAGACCGGUCUUCUCUGGAUUUACAAAAGCUGAGAUUGAUAAGAUGGAGAAAUUGUUAAUUGAAUCAAGAGAGCAGCUGCAGAGCAAGGAGUUCUGUAAAAAAAUUGCAAGAAGUUUUAGCUUGGAAGACGCAUGUUGUCUUUGCAGUUCAUCCUCAGGUCGUGCUGGCAAACCUAUUGUUAAAUGGACUGAGGUACAAAGCUGGUUUGUAGCUAGGCAGCAAGAAAGCACAUUCAAAGUUCCUUCCUUGACUGCUACAUCCAAAAAUGAGUCCAGAAUCCCUGAAACUUGCCCUCUAAACAAUGGACAUCAAAGUUCUGAGAUUCUUAAAGGAGUGGUUUCACAAGUGGGAGAAAAGGUCCCUAAUCUAUCAGAACUAGAGUUCGAGGCAAAAUCAUCUAAAGAUGGAGCAUGGUAUGAUGUUGAUAUGUUUCUCACUCACCGAUUUCUCAGUUCGGGUGAAGCUGAAGUUCGUGUUAGAUUUGUUGGAUUUGGAGCUGAGGAGGAUGAAUGGGUUAAUGUAAAAAAGGCAGUACGAGAGCGAUCCAUCCCAUUUGAACAUUCCGAAUGUAAUAAGUUGGCCAUUGGAGAUCUUGUAUUAUGCUUGCAGGAAAGAAGAGACCAAUCAAUCUACUAUGAUGCUCAUGUCAUAGAGAUUGAAAGGAAAACACAUGACAUAAGAGGUUGCAGGUGUCUGUUUUUGAUCCGAUAUGAUCAUGACAACUCUGAGGAGAGUGUUCGCUUGAGGAGACUAUGUUAUAUUCCAGGCCAAAAAAUCAGAUAGUUUGCACAAUGCUUCUGAGCAUAUCUUCCAAUCACAAAUUUGCAUUUUUCUCUGGAUGGGUUGGUUUAUUGUGAUUUUCUGAACGAGAAGAGAAUUACAAAUAUGUAAAUCUGUAAUCGUCUCUGAAGUCAUUAUUGAACCAUCUGGGAAAAUAUGACCAAGAAGCAUUGUUUGUACAUUUGGUACAACUUAAGUAGUUUUUAUUUUUUUGGAAUUAUAACAUGGAUAAUAACUCCAACCACAAAUUUCUUCAUAAAAUUCCUUCCUGUGUGAUAAUCGCAAAUACAAUAACCGAUUAGAUUCGAAAGGAUUCAGAUGCCACCCAGUUGCCUAACCUGCUCAUGCAAGAAUAUCUCAACCUUAAUGCCGGUUGCUGCAGCUUCGCUACUUAUAAUAUUCAAUUCAUAACAAGAUUUUCAUCGCAUUAAUGCUAUGAUCUAAUUUAGGGAGUCUGCAUGGGAUAUUUUUAGGAUGUGUUUGGAUGGAGCAUUUGGAAAAGUGAUUUCAUUUCGCUUACGGUUUUCGAAACCUUAAAAAUGAAUUUAUUUAUUUGGGUAAGAGUAAGAGAAAAGUUCAAAACCUAGUAGUUUUUCAAAAUUUCUUCAAAUCUUCCAUGCAUUUACUGCCCAUCAUUAAUUACAAAACUAAAAAUAAUAAAUAAAUAAAU